GCGCAGGUAGCAGACACCAACCAAUGGGAGCGGAAGCUGGGGUCCGUGUUCACCACGCACUUUGUGAUAUCAGCCUAUGAGAGGAGAGAGAGGGUGAGUCAGCCUAUGAGAGGAGAGAGAGGGUGAGUCAGCCUAUGAGAGGAGAGACAGCAUCACUCAGAUACUAGCUUACAUUCCCAGUCACUCAGAUACUAGCCUACAUUCCCCCCAAUCAGAUACUAGCCUACAUGCCCCCCAAUCAGAUACUAGCAUACAUUCCCCCCAAUCGGAUACUAGCCUACAUUCCCCCCAAUCAGAUACUAGCCUACAUUCCCCCCAAUCAGAUACUAGCAUACAUUCCCCCCAAUCAGAUACUAGCAUACAUUCCCCCCAAUCAGAUACUAGCAUACAUUCCCCCCAAUCAGAUACUAGCAUACAUUCCCCCCAAUCAGAUACUAGCAUACAUUCCCCCCAAUCAGAUACUAGCAUACAUUCCCCCCAAUCAGAUACUAGCCUACAUUCCCCCCAAUCAGAUACUAGCAUACAUUCCCCCCAAUCAGAUACUAGCAUACAUUCCCCCCAAUCAGAUACUAGCAUACAUUCCCCCCAAUCAGAUACUAGCAUACAUUCCCCCCAAUCAGAUACUAGCAUACAUUCCCCCAAUCAGAUACUAG